AUGGAUAUUCACUGCAAAACAGACCCCUUCCUGGCGAUGCACCGGCAUGGGGGUGUGAACCAGCUAGGCGGGGUGUUUGUGAAUGGCAGACCUCUACCUGAUGUAGUGAGGCAGAGAAUUGUCGAGCUGGCGCACCAAAGUGUCAGGCCAUGUGACAUCUCCCGCCAACUACGGGUCAGUCACGGCUGCGUCAGCAAAAUUCUCUGCAGGUACUAUGAAACCGGCAGUAUUAAACCCGGAGUUAUCGGGGGCUCCAAACCAAAGGUGGCGACUCCUAAAGUAGUUGAUAAAAUCGCAGAUUACAAGCGUCAGAACCCCACCUUGUUCGCUUGGGAGAUUCGAGACCGACUUCUGUCCGAGGCCGUCUGUGACAACGACACCGUUCCCAGUGUGUCAUCCAUCAACAGGAUUAUUCGCACCAAAGUCCAGCAGCCAUUCCACCCAUCGCCUGAUGGUUCCAUAACACCACUCUCCACGCCUGGACACACCAUAGUCCUUAGCACGGCCUCUCCCCCUGUGACCAGCGCCUCCAACAACCCGGUAGGAUCCUACUCCAUCAACGGCAUCCUGGGGAUCCCCCGCUCCAAUGGUGAAAAGAGGAAAGGAGACGAUGUUCACUGGAGUGGCAACCACUUGGAUGGGCGGAAAAUAGGACAUUAUGGGACGGAUGGCUCUGGCCAAUGCAGUGACUCUCAGGUCAGCAUGGAGAGUUUACGGAAGUACCUCUGGGCCGACGCCUUCACCCAGCAGCAACUGGAGGCUCUGGACCGGGUGUUCGAGCGGCCAUCCUACCCCGAUGUCUUCUCCACCUCAGAACACAUCAAACCAGAACAGGCAAAUGAGUCCUCUUUCCCAUUCCCGAACAGCAGUCUAGAUGAGACCAAACCCUGCCUAUCCACCAGCGCCAGCUCAGAUCUGGGCUCCAGCAUCUCACAGAGCUACUCGGUCAUCACAGGAGGAGACUUUUCAGGAAACCCCUAUUCCCACCCUCAAUGCACCACCUACAACGAAGGAUGGCGGUUCAGCAACCCAGCAGUACUAAGUUACCCUUAUUAUUAUAGUGCUGCAGCCCGUGGCUCCGCGCCUCCCACUGCUGCCACAGCAUAUGACCGCCACUAGUUACCAUGGAAACAUGGUCCAACUGCACAGUCGGGACUGCAGCCUCCAUAUUGUCCCUGUCUGAGAGGCACUGAGAGGUCAAAGGGAAGCAAGAUGGAAUCCCCCCUGAAUCUUCAGUUUCACCAUAGGGGGAUGAGUGGCAGGGCGACUGGCUACGCUCAAACACACACACUGGCCAAAGAGGGCCCCCUGGCAUCUAGAACUGAACAAACCUUUUUUUUUCUUUUGCGGUGGUUGUUGAUGUUGUUUUCUUCAUUGAUCCUCAAUUCUUUACAUGGCUAAAUCAGUGCGGUAUUUCUUGUUGUAAUGAUAAGCCCAGGGGUUUCUACAGGUUGUAUGCCAAAAUACAAAUACGGUGACUAACCAGCUAACCUGUGUUUAGGGCAUGUUGAAGAGUAGGGUGAACCACAGCCUGGUGCUUUUCGCUUACUUUCGAAAGCUUUUUUUGCUGAAAAAUAUGAAAUGCAGACCGUGGUUCAGCAGCAUUUUCUAUUCUCAAAUUGUUUUUAUUUUUUAAAGAUUUUUUUUCUAAUGUACAAAAGUUUCUAAGAAUUUUCAGGAUUGUGUUUUUUUCUGUCACAUUUCGUGUCAUAUUUUGUUAACUCAGCAGUGUACCAUCCUUUGAUCUUUUUUGCACUAUUACCUGAGCAUCUGAUUUAAUAGAAUUGCAUUCCAACUGAGUACAUUCACUGUAAGUAAAGGGAAAGGGGGA